GCCUCGUCGGACAUUAAAAAGAAAAAGUACAAAACAAAAAAGGGAACUCUUAGACAACCCCUCAGGCCUCAGCCUCUUCUCCCGAAGAUUUUGUUCCUUCUUUCUUGUUCUACCUUUUCGAGUAGCGGCACGCGUUGUUCAACAUAACAUCGGCUGAUAUGAUAUAAAGUGGAGUUGUUUGGUCUCCAAGAAACUCCGCUUUCUCACUGGCUUUUCCUCUCCUCCCUCAAAACUUACCCAAGUCUCCCCAUAAUGCCCUUUGUGUAUCGCUUCUGAGCCAGAGAGUAGUGCUAUGAGUAGAGACUCUAUGGAAAAGCAAAAGGGCCUCCGAAUCUCAGCGCUUGAAGAUGAUGAUGAAGAAGAAAAUGAACAACAGCAAGAAGAAUAUGCUAAGGAUGAAUUUGAUGAAGAAGAAGAAGAUGAUGAUGAUGAUGAUGAUGAUGAUGAUGAGGAAGAAAAAGAAUUUGUGAUUUUAGGUUUCGUGGAAAAGCCCAAGACUCACUGGUCACUUCUCCGUCAAUUGUUCCCUAGCAAGGCUGGAGGUGUACCGGCCUGGUUAGAUCCGGUGAAUUUGCCAUCAGGAAAAUCUUGUGUUUGUGAUAUUUGUGGAGAACCUUUGCAGUUCUUGCUUCAGGUGUAUGCACCGAUUGAGAAAGAGUAUGCAUUUCAUCGGACAUUGUUUGUCUUCAUGUGUUUAUCAAUGAACUGUCUUCUUCGGGAUCAACACGAGCAAUGGAAACGCCAACCAGAGAAGCCUUCUAGGAGUGUGAAGGUUUUUCGUUGCCAAUUGCCUCGCUUUAAUCCUUUUUACCAAAGCAAGCCCCCAAGACACGAUGGGACCGACAAACCCGCUGGAACUGGAGCUGCACUUUGUAGUUGGUGUGGUACUUGGAAAGGAGAUAAACUCUGUAGUAGCUGCAGGACUGCUCGUUAUUGCUCAGAGAAACACCAGGUCAUGCAUUGGCGCUCUGGUCAUAAGGUUGAUUGUCAACGGAUGAUUAUUUCUUCUGACAGAAAUGGAGCUUCUUCAGCAAAUUUACAAAAAGUUGCAAGCAACACACUAUGGGCAGAAUAUGAGAUGAUAAUUGGGAAUGAAAGUGAAUUCAGCACAGAAAUAGUUGAGAGUAAUGCAUGUACUAAUUCAUUGGUCUCCAAGGACAAAAAUGAUGAUCCAAUGAAGUCGCACAUCAAUUUUGAGGGUGAUGACGAAAAAAAAAGUUGGGCCUCUUUCCAGGAGUGCAUAGCCAAGGCCCCUGAACAAGUGUUGAGGUAUUGCAGGGAUGGUAGCGCUAAACCCUUAUGGCCCAUGUCAAGUGGCCGGCCAUCAAAAGCUGAUAUUCCAAAGUGCAAGUACUGUGGUGGUCCUCUGUGUUUUGAGUUUCAGAUCUUACCUCAGCUGCUGUAUUACUUCAGUGUGAAGAACGAUGUUGACUCUCUUGAUUGGGGGACUAUUGUUGCAUAUACUUGCGAAGCCUCUUGUGAGGGGAAUGUUGCUUACAAAGAGGAAUACGCUUGGGUUCAACUCUCUGUGUCAUCUGCUACUGUACCUUGAUAGUUAUCUUUUUACCGAUUUCCUAAAUUUCCUUUUCUAGAUGUUAGCUAUUAUAUUCUUUUACUGAAAAGUCAAGAAAGAAAUGAAUUUACUUAUUUGUAAGAUCGUAGUUUAAAUCUGCCAUGGAAUUGUGUUGUAUAAAAUGAAAUUUUGCCAUAAAAAAGGUGAGUAGAUGUUUCAUGUUGAUUCUUUUCA